AUGAGUUACCAGACCGGCAUGGCGCCCGCCCGCGCUAUGGAGGACGACAGCGAUGUUGAGGAGGAGGCCCUUGUUGCCGACUACAGGGAGCAAGUUCAAUAUUCCGAGGGUGGCAUGGAGGAGAUGGACCAGGCCACGCUCGCUCAGCAGGCCGAUGAAAUCCAGUCGCGGCUAGUUCAGGCUUCCCAACCACUGGAUUUCCAAGCGACCCUGGAGACCAAGUUCGCGAGUUACGACAACUACUGCGCCCUGUUCCACUAUAUCCUCAACUCAGAAGGUCCCGUGGACCUGGAACCCCCGACGUAUUACUGGGCGUGGGAUGUGAUUGACGAGUUCAUCUACCAAUUCAACACCUUCUGCACGUACCGGGCCCGGAUUGCGAGGCAAGCCGGCAACGAGGAGGAGGCCCAGAUUCUGCGCGACAACCCGAACACAUGGGGCUGCUACAGCGUGCUCAACGUCCUCUAUUCCCUGAUCCAAAAGUCUCAGAUUACCGAGCAGCUCGCGGCGAUGAAGCGGAAUGAGGACCCUAUGGCCGUUGCUGGUCCUUACGGUUCCAAGAACCUCUACCGCAUGCUGGGGUACUUCUCCAUCAUCGGUCUCCUCCGCGUCCACUGCCUUCUCGGAGACUUCAGCCUCGCGCUCAAGACCCUCGACGAUAUCGAGCUGAACAAGAAGGCCAUGUUCGCCCGCGUGAUGGCUGCCCACUUCACCACCUACUACUAUGUGGGCUUCUCGUACAUGAUGAUGCGCCGCUACGCCGAUGCCAUCCGCAUGUUCAGCCACAUCUUGAUCUACGUCUCGCGGACCAAGAACUUCCAGAAGAACACGCAGUACGACUCCAUUACCAAGAAGAACGACCAGAUGCUCGCUCUGAUCGCCAUCUGCGUGGCGUUCCACCCCACCCGUCUGGAUGACACCAUCCACACGGCCCUGCGCGAGAAGUACGGCGACCAGCUGCUGAAGCUGCAGCGCGGUGGGCCCGACUCGCUCCCCGUUUUCGAGGAGCUCUUCAAGUCCGCGUGCCCCAAGUUCAUGUCGCCCAUUCCUCCUGACUUCGACAAGCCGGAGGCCAACAUCGACCCCAUCGACCACCACCUCUCGGUCUUCAUGGAGGAGGUCAAGACCAACAUGUGGAGCCCGACCGUCAAGUCGUACCUGCGCCUCUACACCACCAUGGACCUGAAGAAGCUGGCUGGCUUCCUCGACGUGAAGCCUGAGGAGCUCCGUUCGUGGCUGCUCGUCAGCAAGCAGCGGACCAAGCAGCUUCGGUGGACCGAGAACGGGCUUCUUGAGGGCGAGCCUGUCAACGUUAGUGACCUUGACUAUGCUCUGCAGGGUGAUCUAAUCCACAUCUCGGAGGCCAAGAUGGGACGCAAGCUGGUUGACUGGUACAUUCGCAACCUGUCUCGCACAUACGCAUAA